GGCCUAGAGAAGAAAGAACAGCCUCUCUCUCUCUCUCUCUUCCUCUCCCUCCCUCUCUCUCUCUCUCUCUCUAUAAGUGUGUCUCUGUAAAACCCAAUAGAGGGAUUGAGAGAUUUGAGACAGAGAGACUCACAUUUUUUUUGGAGAGUGAGUGUUGCUUGUGUGAGAGAGAGAGAAAAAUAUGGCAAUGGGUGGCAAAAGAUUUGCUAUUCUUCUAUGUGCUGAGGACUCUGACUAUGUGAAGAAAGUGUACGGAGGGUAUUUUGGUGUGUUUGUGAGAAUGCUGGCUGAGAAAGGUGAGAUAUGGGACGUGUAUCGUGUUGCCUCUGGUGAGUUUCCUAAGGAAGAUGAGAUCGGACUGUUUGAUGGGUUUGUCAUCACUGGAAGCUGCAAUGAUGCUCAUGGCAAUGACGUUUGGAUCUGCAAGCUAUUGAAUCUCCUCAAGAAAUUGGAUUCCAUGAAGAAAACUAUUCUGGGUAUUUGCUUUGGCCACCAGAUACUAGCGCGUGCAUUAGGAGGAAAGACAUGCAGGAAUGUGGCAGGCUGGGACAUUGGAGUUAGAGCCAUCCAUUUAUCAUCAUCAUCAUCAUCAUCAAAUCACUUUUCGUCUUUGAAAAUUCCAGCAACUCUAUCUAUUAUUGAAUGCCAUCGUGAUGAGGUCCGUGAACUACCUCCUAAGGCUGAGGUAAUUGCAUGGUCUGAAAAGACUGGGAUUGAGAUGUUUAAGUAUGGAAACCAUAUUAUGGGCAUCCAAGGUCACCCUGAGUACACCAAAGACAUUCUUCUGCACCUUAUUGACCGCCUUCUCAAUCGUGAUUUGAUCAUGGAGUCUUAUGCUAAGGAGAUGAAAGAAAAGUUGGGGACUUGUGAGCCAGAUAGAGAGGCAUUGAGGAAACUUUGCAUUAGCUUUCUCAAGGGUGGAUUAUGAUGAUGAAGUACUCCAAAUAUUUAGUAAUAAUAUAAAAUAAAAGUGUAAAUACGAAGUUUAUUCAGAAGUAGACGGAAAAGAUUAAGAGAAGUGAGUUAUUAGGCAAUGAGCUAGCAAGAAAUAGGUGUCAUUAGGAGGCAGGUUUAGCUGUGUUUCUAUUGGCAUUUUAAGAUUGUGUAACUCCUAUUAUAGAGGAAUUGGCAAGACUUCAAUCAAAGUCAAUAAAAUUACAAUGGUUCUUACUUUUGACAAA